AUGUCUGAGAUUAACAUGGUUAAACGACAUCUAGAUGCUCUUUUCUGUAUCAAAGAUCUCGGUCCUUUACAUUUUUUCCCUGGUUUAGAGGUGGCUCGUUCCAAAAAGGGAUUAGUUCUAAAUCAAAGGAAAUACGUUUUGGAAUUACUUAAUGACAGUGGCUUGCUAGGAGCUAAGUCUGCAUCUACACCCAUGGAACCAACUCUUCGAUUGAGACAGAAUCAAGGUGUUCCAUAUACUGAUCCACCUUCUUAUAGACGGCUUGUUGGGAGUUUGUUGUAUCUCACAAACACAAGACCAGACAUUUCAUUUGUAGUCCAACAGUUUAGUCAGUUUGUUGCUAAUCCAAUGAAAGCACAUUUUAAUGCAGCUUGCAGGGUUCUACGUUACUUGAAAGGUUCACCAGCCAAGGGUCUUUUCUUUCCUUCUGAUAACAAGUUACAGCUCUCAGCCUUUGCAGAUGCUGACUGGGCAACUUGCCCUGAUACAAGGAAAUCAACUACCGAAUUCUGUGUCUUUCUUGGAUCCUCAUUAAUAUCUUGGAAAUCCAAAAAGCAGAGUACAGUUAGUCGAUCAUCAGCAGAGGCUGAAUAUAGAGCCUUAGCAACCUUAACAUGUGAAGUUCAAUGGUUAACCUACCUUCUGUCUGAUCUUGAUGUUCCUACUUUACAUCCUUCAGCAGUGUACUGUGAUAAUCAUGCUGCAAUUCAUCUAGCUCGAAAUCCUUCCUUCCAUGAGAGAAGCAAACAUAUCGAACUUGAUUGUCAUAUCACUAGAGAAAAAGUGCUUUCGGGACUCAUUCAUCUAUUACCCAUCUCAACUACUCACCAGUUAGCUGAUUUCUUUACCAAGGGUCUACAUCCUGGUGUGUUCCAUGGUUUUAUAUCCAAGUUGGGUUUACACGACAUAUGUCUUCCAACUUGA